GGUUUGCGUGUGCGCGCCUGGUCAGCAGUGUCCUGUCGCUUUAAGGAAGGUGGUACCUACCCUCGUGAGCUCGAGAACCCAUCCCCCGAGCUCUCCUGCUGGCUGUUUAAUCCCAUUGUCAACGAGUGCAACACAACACCGACCAGACCGAGCAUCAAGCAUUGAGCAGCGGAGUCCUUUACACAUGGAGAUCACAAUCACGCCUUCACACAACACGGGCCUCUGAAAUGCAGAUUUCCAGCGCAAAAACUUUACUACCCAGAUUUCCAGUACAAAAAGAGCCGGGGGACUGCAACCAGAUUUAAUGCACAGCAUUCGGAGGCAAGAGCAUAAGCAGCAUUCACUCGCAACUUUAAGGCUUUUUUUUAAAGAAGAAAUUUGCAAGCACACAAUUCAAAAGACGAUUCUGUAAUUUAAAUCAACGACAGAACGUUUUACUAUUUUUUUUUUUUGAAUAAUACAUUAUUACAUUUGAAUGUAAAGUUUUAGUUUUUUAAAAUGUAUGCUUUUGCAUUCGUGGUACUGUUUAGCUUGUUUUCCCCGGGCUUGUGUGACUCCUGCCCCUCGUCCUGUGAGUGUUCUGAAGCUGCCAGGACGGUGAAGUGUGUUUUUAAAGAUGUGACUGAGGUCCCGGCCGGUAUCCCCUCGUACACGAGAAACCUCUACCUGACGGGCAACAGCAUCAGCCGAAUUGGACCGGCGUCAUUCAGAGGGCUGGGUGAUGUCACCAAACUUUCACUAAGCAAUAACAGAAUUGCUGUGAUAGAGUCCCACACAUUUGCUGCCCUGCACAAUCUCCGUGUUCUAGAUCUGAGUAACAACGGCCUGUCAGUCAUACACCCAGAUUCCUUCAACUCGGAGAACAACUCUAUACGCGAUCUCAACCUCAGCCGCGCUCUCUACAACCAUUCCGCUAUCGGCGACCUGGCAGCUGCAAUGCGCAGAGGCGGCUUCGGGAACCUGCGCAAGCUGGACCUAUCCGAGAACGAGAUCGUCUACCUCCCGAUCGGUAUCUUCUCAUCCCUGACGGCCCUGAGGCACCUGGACUUGAGAAACAAUUCCCUGAUGGUCAUCAAAAACUCUACCUUCGCUGGCCUCGACCUGGAGGCGCUGGACUUACGACUGAACGCCAUCCAGACGCUCAGAGCGGACAGCCUGAGAGAGCUCGAUGGAAUGGAGCGGGUGCAGAUCCAGAUGAGAGACAACCCGUUUGUCUGCAACUGUGGCAUUGAAGACUUCGCUGACUGGCUGAACGCUACUGCCAAGGUGGUGGACGCAGACAGACUGGUGUGCGUGCUUCCGAAAGAACUGCACAACACCUCGCUCCUGGCUGCGCGGGACCUGGAGCUCGGCUGUCACUACAGCGAGAGCGCAGAGAUCGCACUGCAGACCUCGUACGCGUUCCUCGGCGUCGUUCUCGGCUUCGUCGGCGUCAUCUUCUUGUUUGUUCUCUACCUGAAUAGGAAAGGUAUCAAAAAGUGGGCCAAUGAACUGAGAGACGCCUGCCGGGAAGUAAUGGAAGGCUACCACUACAGAUACGAGAUCGAGUCGGACCCCAGGUUAGGGCAGUUAUCCACCUCCGAUUUGUGAUAACAAAUCCUGCACCUAAAGACUUGUAUGUAGAUUUGUUUUAUUUCUAAUGACUUUAUAUUUGUAUAUAUUCAGAAUAGCAUGAACAAUAUUUGCUCAUUAUUGUGUACAGAAUUGUUGUCAUUUUUAGCAUGUUGAAUGAAAUCGUAAGGACUCGUGGAGUUAUCGUGCUCUUUGUGUAGCCCCCCGCUGUUGGAGAUUUCCGACUCAGUCAACUGACCGCUGCAUUUUUACACACAAACACGCUGAACAAAACAACACAACGUCUGUCGCAACCCACAAGCUAGUUCAACAGUGUAUCCGACUUAAAGUUCUUAAAUGGAUAAUGUCUUAAUAACCCCCAAAACACAACGCAACAGCUGGUCACAAUAAAGGAGCAGAACACAAAUGAAUUUGCACAGACACGCUUAUCCAUCCAUCCAUUCAUUUCUUUUUUUAAUCAAACAAUCUUUUAUUUUUGUUCAUAGUUUCCUCUAUUAGUAGUUGUUCCACACCCUCAGAAUUUAGUAAUGUUUUAAGCAUUCUUUUAAAACAGUGGCCACUAAAAUACAGCACUCUGCAGUUUCUUUUGUUCACAUAAAACAUGUGUUCUUUUUUAUUGAUAAUGGGUUAUUCCAACUCAACUGGACCAGUGGGGGUUGACUUUUUUUUUAAAUUAUCGAUAAUGGGUUAUUCCAACUCAACUGGAUCAAUGGGGGGUGACCUUUUUUUUGGCAAGCUUUGAAACGAGAUUUUAAAUGAUGCAAAUAUUGUUUGUUUGGGUCAAAGGUUAGGCAAAUGAACAUUUUUUACCACCUUCCACUUGUCCUCACCACACACUUCCCUUGGAAUGUGGUUUAAGUUUUAACGACACAUGGGCACACAGGCAAGUUUCACCAAAACACCAGAAGUGCACAUAAUUGAAUCACUAAUCAGGAUUUUUUUUUCAAGUAUUCAAUGUUAAUCAACAUAUGCAGAACCACACUAAAUUAGGGGGAUGUUUCAAUAGCCCCAUGUUUUGUCACAUUUCUUUUCUUCUGUGAAGGAAAGUUUUAUAUAUAUUUUAAAAAAUGUGCAUUCAGCUGUUCAGACCACACAGGUUACUAACUUUGUGAUUAUGAAGAUGUAGAACCCUUCUCACUAGUGUUAAUAAAGAGUAAAUAUCUCUGCUGUACACUAGAUGGCGCUGGCUGUGACCCACGCCAUCUACAGAUCCUAUGGUUGAUCUUAAAGAAGAAGGAAGUUAAAGAGCAAAGCCGUUUUUUAACUGCAUGAUAUUAUAAGACAGCAAACAUUUGUAAUUUUUAAACUGAUUAGAGGCGUUUAAAGAAAUUGCUUUUUAGUGUUUGCCAACAUGGUAACAAUGGAGGGGGAAGUCAAGAUAAAAGUCAUUUGGCUCCAUUUAAAAUGUGAGGGUGUAACAUGUUUAAGAGACCAUUUCAUGCUCUCGGUGAUGCUGAAUGUGUUUCCGGCUGAAAUGUUUUGCUGCGUGUCAAAUGUUUGUGGGAGAAGCUGUCAUUUUACUUCACACCAUGUGGGGAUCUGAGAUAGCAUGACACCUUUUAAAUAAACAGUCUUUGUUUCUA